AUGACUUUAGAAGCAACUAUUAUUUGUGUUGACAAUUCAGAGUGGAUGAGAAAUGGUGAUUUUGUACCAUCUAGAUUCGAUGCUCAGAAAGAUGCUGUAAAUUUAAUAUGUGCCGCUAAAACACAAGCUAAUCCCGAGAGUUCCGUCGCAAUUAUGUCUAUGGCUGAUUUCACAACAUCGAUGAGAAUCGCACAAUUGGCAUUGAGACACCGUCAGAAUAAACAUCAACACCAAAGAAUUGUAGCCUUUGUUGGUAGUCCACUCAAAGAAUCGAAAGAAGAACUCAGUCAACUCGCAAAGAAUUUGAAAAAGAAUGACAUUGCUGUCGAUAUUAUUAAUUUUGGUGAGGAAGCAAGCAACGUCGAAAAAUUGGAAUGUUUUAUAAAUGAUGUAAAGAAGAACGAUGAAAGCCACUUGUUAACUGUACCAGCUGGACCACAUAUGUUAUCCGAUGUAAUUGUAGAUUCAAAGAUUAUUGUUGAAGGUUCCGGUGCUUAUGGCGCUCAAUUUAUUAAUGCUGAUACCGAUCCAGAGUUAGCUUUGGCAUUGAAAUUAUCAUUGGAAGAAGAACAACAACGUUUGGAAAGAGAAAGAAAGGCAAAGGGUGGAGAUGAUUCAACUAGUGGAAGUGGAGAGUCACAAGAUGUUCAAAUGACAGCUGUUUCAUCGGAUGCCAACUUUGAGGAUGAUCCAGAUCUCCAACAGGCUCUGGCCCUCUCUUUAGAACAAAGUGAUCCAAUGCAAGGACAAGAGCCAUCCGCCGCUAAACCAGAUGCACAACAGUCGACUGCACCAUCAACCGAUGCUUUUAACGAUCAAGAAUUCUUAAACUCAACUCUUAAGAAUCUACCUGGUGUUGAUCCAAACGAUGAAAGAAUCAAGAAUGCACUUGCAGAUUUAUCGAAAAAGGAUGAAAAGAAGGAUGAUGAGAAGAAGGAUGAACAAAAAUAA